AUUUUAGCUACUCUCUCAUCAUCACAAUUGAUCAAUCUUGUUGGUACUCUUGUGGAUAAUCAUCCGUCCCUUGCAGACGAGAUCGCCAAUCUUGUGCCACGUCCUACUGUUGCUUCUGUUCAACCAUUGCUCAGCACAUUAGAGACAAAGCUUCAAGAGGCUUUUCCCUACACUAAAUGGGGUCCUGGUCGCGACGAUUAUUCUUUCAAUAGGGUCAAGCCUGCCCUGGAAGAGCUUGUUGAAACUCUUAUUGAUUAUACCAACCAUUUCACAUCCCCACCAGAGUUUCCGACAACAUCCUUCUCGUUUUUACAUCUUGCCACAGAAUUUUGUCAUCGUCUCCCAAAUUGGGAUAGCGCAGUCAACAACGAGCCAAAGAAGAAUCUGUACAAGUCGCUGGAGGAGUACUGGAUCAAGGCUAUUCAGGAUGCGGCUAAUAAACUGGGUGAGGGCAAGAUUUAUGGUCAGAUGACCGUUCAAGAGUGGGCGAAAAAUUUGGAACAGCACAAUAUCACAUCCCAAGGAAUGUUUUCUUCUGCCAUCGAGGAGUUCAAGUCCAAACUGGGCUGGAUCAUUGGGAUUCAGGCAUCCCCAGUGACAAGUUUUUCUGAUCAAUCCUCGGCUAAUGGCCUACGCUCUGCUUUUGGAGGACCAUCAAAUCAUAACAAUAAGCAGCGUCAGCAAUAA